ACAUCUGUAAAUAUUUGUCAGUUUAUUUGAUUAACGACAAUGGCGACCAGGCUAAGGUGCAGGAACACAUCAAACUCUGUCCGAUGAACAAGCCAUGACGUCACACGGACAGGAAGUACGUAGUUCAUCAUUUUAAUAAAUGAAAACAAAUAAUGAAAUAUGUAAUAAAAAACAAAACUAUAUUGACCAGAAAAUACUGAUAAUUUUGCGGUAAAAAUAGUACAAUUUUCUGUGUUUCACUAUUAAAAGACUAGUGAUACUGCUAGUUUCAAUAAUCAUUUGCCACAUCUAUCAAAUGUAAUAAUAUGACACGAUUUUAAAUAAAUACAUAUCAGACUUCGUGUAGAAAGUGCAAUCAUGUUGGACAGGGCCCCAUGAAACUCAACUCUCCAAGUUCUGACCUCUCGUUCCGUUAAUGCCAUAUAUAAGGCGUUUUCUAGUCGAUGUCGUAUAAUACAGUGCCCGGAUAAACGAGGUUUUCCUGUAUACUUUUGUAUGUCAUUUGCAGAUGACAAUGGUAAUCAUUCGGAGAAGAUAUCAGCUGAUUUCGUCUUGGUUAUGUACUGUAAAGAAACACAGGUACAGAGAAGAUAUCAGCUCCUAUCUAUGUACUGUAAAGAAACACAGGGACAGAGAAGAGGUACAGAGAAGAUAUCAGGUCCUAUCUAUCUAUGUACUGUAGAGAAACACAGGUACAGAGAAGAUAUCAGCUCCUAUCUAUGUACUGUAAAGAAACACAGGUACAGAGAAGAUAUCAGCUCCUAUCUAUGUACUGUAGAGAAACACAGGUACAGAGAAGAUAUCAGCUCCUAUCUAUGUACUGUAGAGAAACACAGGUACAGAGAAGAUAUCAGCUCCUAUCUAUGUACUGUAGAGAAACACAGGUACAGAGAAGAUAUCAGCUCCUAUCUAUGUACUGUAAAGAAACACAGGUACAGAGAAGAUAUCAGCUCCUAUCUAUGUACUGUAGAGAAACACAGGUACAGAGAAGAUAUCAGCUCCUAUCUAUGUACUGUAAAGAAACACAGGUACAGAGAAGAUAUCAGCUCCUAUCUAUGUACUGUAGAGAAACACAGGUACAGAGAAGAUAUCAGCUCCUAUCUAUGUACUGUAGAGAAACACAGGUACAGAGAAGAUAUCAGCUCCUAUCUAUGUACUGUAAAAAGAAACACAGGUACAGAAGAAGAUAUCAGCUCCUAUCUAUGUACUGUAGAGAAACACAGGUACAGAGAAGAUAUCAGCUCCUAUCUAUGUACUGUAGAGAGAAACACAGGUACAGAGAAGAUAUCAGCUCCUAUCUAUGUACUGUAG